CAAGUGCUGCUAAAAAAACAGCUUAUUUGCAGUCUGGAAAAAUGAGGACCUUCGUUACAGUACUACUUUUAGCGUUAGUCUACAAGACUUCUGCAAUGUAUUAUCAAGGCGGCAGUGGUAUUAUUGGUGGCAUUGGUAGUAUUGGUGGCAUUAGUGGUCCUGGUUUUGGUGGAAUUCGACCUCCUAUGGGUAGAAGGGGAUUAAAUAUACCUCCUGGGGCUAAUGUUGUGCCUAUACCAUACAGAUAUCCAGUUCAAGCACCAAUAACUAGACGAGGAGGUGGCCAGCCAAUUGUUAUAAGGAGAGGAGGAAAUACUGUAUCUAGAGGAGGUAGUGGAUUUGGAUUUGGAGGUGGAGGAAUACUCGGUUUGAUUUACCUCUUCUUCAUGUUGAGCAUUUUCCAAUCGCUCUUUCGGGGAGGUGGCAAAGGCAACGGUUUGUUAGGAGGCAACGGUUUGUUAGGCAUAGGCAAAAAGUAGUUUGAACAGAUAUAUAUAUAUAUAUAUAUAAACGGAAUGCCACUGCCAGCAGGAGAUCUAUUGUCAUUUAAGCCAAUUACUGUACAUAUAUUAUAACUGACUAAGCAUGAAACAAGAUGAUUUUUUGAAUAAAUAUUUUCUCAAU